CCAGCGUCCCUUGCGCGCGGGCAAAAUGGCGGCGCCCAGUCCCAGCUCGGGGCGCGCUUUCCCCUUCCCGGGCUCUCCGAGCGAGCAUCCCGCGAACGAGGAGCCGCCGUCGGAGGAGAAAAGGCCGAAGAAGCCGCCCUGCCGGGCCUGUACAGACUUCAAGAGCUGGAUGCGGGAGCAGAAGAAGCAGGCGGGGCCGGAAACAAGUGUCCAGGAAUCAACCUCUAAUUGCCCCCUAGACAGAGAAGAACUAGGGAGAUGUUCAUGGUCGUUUCUACACACGAUGGCAGCAUUUUAUCCUGACCGGCCCAGUAAAAUUCAGCAGCAAGAAAUGAUACAGUUUAUCCAAUUAUUUUCUAAAGUUUUUCCUUGUGAUGAAUGUGGAGAAGAUUUCAGGAAUAGAAUACGAAAAAAUCAACCUGAUGCCAGCAGCAGACGUGGUUUGACACAGUGGUUUUGCCGGAUUCAUAAUGAAGUAAAUAAGAAACUGGGGAAGCCUGAAUUUGACUGCUGUCUUGUAGACCAACGAUGGCGAGAUGGAUGGAAAGAUGGAUCCUGUGAUUAGAUCUUCUGGAUAUUUUUCCAACUUGAUUAAAAAAAAAAAUCAACAAAACACCCCAAAAGCAAUCCAGUAUGGACCUUUCCUAGAGACAAAAUUGUGCUUUGUUAUUAAUGGAGGUGAUGGAAACAGGCAAAGGGUUUUGAUAUAUAUUUUCCAUUUCUGGUUUUGAAAAUUUAAUAUUGAACAGAUCUCUGUAAUACUUUUCAGAUGGAGCCUCUACCUGUUGAUUGUGCUCUUUUCCUGAUCACUUGAAUUAUUUGAAAUAUCAGCAAACACUGCCUUCAGAAGACUAGAGUAUGUUUGAAGAAACCAUUUUGAAGAUGAAGACAUUGCACUUUCUUAGCUCAGUGCUGAUUUAAUCCCUGGAGAUCUGAGAUGGUCCAUCUGCAACUAUUUGCAGCCUUCCUCUGAGCCCAGCAUUAUUUGCCUUCAUUGUGUUGCUUGCACUUUUGUUUUCAACAGAUUUUUCCCUUCUCCUUAAAACCUAAAAUAUUUUUUAAUUCUAUUUUUUUAAAAGUGCUACAAUAUAAAUAUCUAGAAAACUGUCUGGUUACAUUUCUGCAGCAUAUACACAGUAGGACAGGGUUUCUCAUUUAAGGUGUGAGCGAUGGUGUCCUCUUUUUAUUUUCCUUCUGGCCAGACUCACAAAAGAGGACAAUCUAGAUUAAUUUACUUUUCAUUAAUGAAAUAAGCCCAUAGGAAUCAUGAGGUCAUGUUAUAUAUCAAAAUGCACAGCUCUUGGGAAUGGGGCUUGUGAAGGUUAUGUUCAUUCCACAUAUGGUAAAUUGUUGAGUUCCAUUUCAAGUAAGUGUUCUUUUUACCUACCAGAACUUUGUGCGUCCAAAGUCUCAUUACCUGGAAGUGGAAAAUAAAUGUGCUCGGAGAUACCACCUCAAAGGUGGUAUGUUUUAUAGCAGAGCCAGCUGGCUAAAAUAAACUGUCAACAGUUGCCUUGUGAAGAAAAGCAGAAGGUUGGAGUCAAGAAAUAUUGAAGGGCAUUCUUCUAUCCCUUAGAAAAGUUUCGAGUUGGAUUUUAUACCACAAUAUACCAUGUAAGAUUACCAGUGAAAUUCAAACUGUGAUUAAAGAGAUAAAUGAGAGAAGCAUUGACUGUUUAGAGGUAACCAUGUUUAUCAGUUUUUGAUAAGCUAUAUUUUUGGAAGAAAUUUAUGGUUUGAAUUUAAUUUCUUGUUUUAUCUGAAUAUGGGAAUCUGGCUUGGACUACAAUAUUUAACAGAAAAGGUAACUAUCAAACCUUGUUAAUUAUAGAUAUAGAUUGAUGAAUUUAUUUCUCUGGGUUGGUUCUACUUUUCCUGACCUAUUAAAUUUGGAGAACUCAUUACUAAGAGAUAUGUUAACCUGAAUUAUUUUCAUUUUACAGGGGUUGGCUAAAGUCCAGUUUUUUUGCCCAAGCAAAGCAGGUGUGAUUAAUUAAUGCAGAGUAAAUACACAUGCAGCUAUGCAAAGCACAGUGAAGGACAACUCCAGUCUUCUUCCUCUGUUUACUCUGGAUCAGUAUCUGGAAACUUGCAGCAGAGGAAUAAGAAAGCUGGUGAUGAAAUGGCAUCUGGUCCUUGUCAAAGGGUGUUCUUCUCAGAAACAUUUAAAAGGAUAGCUGUGCCCCAUGGCCAAGGAUUUGGCAAGCACUACACAGCUCUAUUACUAAAGUCAAAUGGAUGUUUGAUGAAGGAAAGGUCUAACAUUUUGUAUUUAAGACAAUAAAAAUCAAAUUUUUGUUUGCAAAUGUGUGGGAUGCUUUCCAUUGUAAAAACAAUGAUGAGGGCAAUUUUAAGUAUGUCUCAGAAUUUAUUUUUGUGCUUGCUGACCGAAUAAUAAAAGUAAAUAUUUGUUUUC